AUGGGAUGGAAUAGUUGGAAUCAUUUUCAUUGUAACAUCAAUGAAACAGUCGUGCGACAAACAGCGGAUGCUAUUGUAGCCACAGGGCUUGCUUCAGCUGGAUACCAAUAUGUGAAUUUGGAUGAUUGCUGGCAAUUCAGUCGAGAUGCUCAAGGUACCAUUCAACCUGAUCCAAAAACUUUUCCAAGCGGUAUCCCAGCCCUUGUUGAUUAUGUACAUUCGAGAAAGCUCAAAUUUGGUCUUUAUUCAGAUAGAGGAUAUAAGACUUGUGCUGGCCGGCCCGGUUCAUUAGGCUAUGAAACAAAAGAUGCAAAUACUUAUGCUGCUUGGGGUGUGGAUUAUUUAAAACUUGAUAGUUGUUAUACAAAUGGAACUGCACCACAAGUAGCAUAUUCAAUUAUGCGAGAUGCAUUAAAUGCCACAGGAAGACCCAUUUUCUUCUCUUUGUGUGGUGGCGUUAAUAAACAUGACGUAUGGCCACCUACCGUUGGAAAUAGUUGGCGAACAACGGAUGACAUCCAAGACAAUUGGAAUUCAAUGAUCAGAAAUAUUGAUCUCAACAUUGACUUUGCUAAAGAAGCAGCACCAGGUGGAUGGAAUGAUCCUGAUAUGCUGGAAGUUGGCAAUGGUGGUAUGACUGACGACGAAUAUAUGACACAUUUUUCCCUAUGGUCUAUUAGCAAGGCACCGUUAAUUAUCGGUUGUGAUGUUACGAAAAUAAGUGCUGCUACUCUAUCAACUCUCACUAAUCCAGAAGUCAUUGCUGUUAAUCAAGAUCCACUUGGUGUACAAGGAACGAAAGUUGCUUUUUCAUCAUCAAAAUCACCGAAUGCUUCAAGUGGAGUCAUUAUUGAUAGCUGUUCAUCAUCACCAAAUACUGACCCUAGACGUCGUCAAUGGACAUAUAGUCCUCAAGAUGGAAGUAUUCGAUCAGUAUUGAAUGGACGAUGUUUAUCCAUUGACCGUUGUAGCACAAGUGAAGCAGCUUAUGUUGUACUAAAUGAAUGUCAGGUUGGCGAUCCACAAGCACAGUGUCAAGGUAGAAAUCAACAAUGGACACUUGAUACAUCUGAUCACGCUAUUGUUUCACAGAUGAAUGGAAAAUGUUUGGACGUGUAUGAUUUCGAUGGUCCACAUGUUGAUGCGUUUUCAUGCAAUAAACAAGAUAAUCAAGCUUGGAUAUGGAAUUCAACAGACGGUACUGUAAGAAGUGUGUACAAUGGCAAAUGUUUAAUAGUUCAGCCAGAACUUGAAGUAUGGGCUUGCCCACUCUCAGGAGGCUCACAAGCUGUGGUAUUACUCAAUCGAGGCGAUAGUGGAAGUGAACAAAUUACUGUCAAAUGGACUGAUAUUGGUUUUCCAAUGGAUCGUUCGGCAAUUGUUCGAGAUUUGUGGGCUCGAAAAGAUGUUGGAAUAUUUUCAGGCAAUUACACAUCACCAAAGAUUGAUUCACAUGCAGUUAUGAUGCUAAAUAUUACUCUAAUCACAUAG